AUGGCGUCCAACAGUGAAGAUGUUACGAACUUCUCCAUAGAUACUAUCCUGGGGUCUGUGAAGAAACACACAAGCAACGAACAGGAAGUGUACCAGUCGGUUCAACCUAGGCCCUACCCAGUAUUUCCCAGCUGUUUUCGACCGACUCCCAUAACUCUGUCGGCUCUCUACCACCCAGGGAUAGCGUCCAUGCCAUCUCAGACACAGCUCCACGUGGGAUAUAUUUCCAAUUGCUUGGGACUUUCAGUUGACGGCGCGGCCUCUCCUUCAGCCAUUCCUUCAAGUGAUGGUUUGAACUCUGCUAUGGCCGGACACUACGGAAACACUGCCGUCAGCCAAACCUCGGGGCUUGGCUAUUGGUUAGCUCCAAAGCCAUCAGGGCGACGUCCGCGUAAACCGGGAGUAGAACGAAAACCACGCCAGGCCUACAGUGCUAAACAGCUGGAGAGACUAGAGGCGGAGUUUAAGGUUGACAAGUACCUUAGUGUUAAUAAAAGAAUGGAAUUAUCAGCAGCUUUGAGUCUCACCGAGGUUCAGAUAAAAACUUGGUUCCAGAACCGCAGAACGAAAUGGAAGAAACAGAUGACCGCUCGUAUGAAGGUGGCCCAACGACAAGGACUCUGGCCAGCACCGUUCUUAACAGCAAGUCACGCCUUUAGUCCUUUUCUGGGCUCCGCAGGUAUAGGACCUCUACUGGCGUCGGACGAGCCUACUUCCGCCCUGGGUCUGGUCUGUGGAAGGGAUUCUUCAGUGUCAGAACAGGGAAAAGAAAAGAAUUAA